AUGGCUCAAGUCUAUCAUUAUUACAUGGAAGUCGAAGAAACAAAACUUAAGUUCGAUUGUGUGGUGGAUCUCGACCGGCACCAUUUAAUUCCCAAAUUUCUUCUGUUCUAUGCAGGAGAAUUUUUGGAAGAUCUCAAACAACAGUUCAGGGAGUAUGGGAAUAUUGAUUUUGCUAUCAUUCACAAAGAUUUGCCGGAUGAAGAGCGUAACCUUAUCUUUAAUGAUUUCCAUAACGGUAGUAUACAAGCUAUUAUCAUACACGGACAUAUCGAGCAUGAUUUUUCAACGUUCCCCGUAGUUAUCAACUUCGAUCUUCCUUCCAACAUUGACAGAUACAUUUAUCAAGUUAGGAACAUACAACCCACGAAUAAAAUUGCCAUCAACUUGGUUACUGAGGACGAAUUGGCUGCUUUGAUGGAAUUUGGAACAGAAAACGAUAUUGAUUUUAUCGAGCAGCCGAAGAAUUCAAAUGAUUUCCAAAGAAACUAG